AUGAAGCUCAGCGCCAUGUUCAUAUUGGUCGCUUCACUGAACGUAAUUGCUGUACCACUGGCCCACGAUGACUCCAUCCAAAGGCGUGCCAACUUCAAGCGAACUCUUACGGAUGCGAGUGUCGAUUUCGAUGUUACUGAAAAGCGCACCAGCUCCAAACCACCUCUUAUGGACGCAGGUAUCGAUUUCGCUGUUGCCGAGAAGCGUGCUAGUCCCGAAAAUCUUUGA